UCACCAAGAGAAUAACACAAUUCAUUCAUGUCAAGUUCCUAGCUCGGCGCUGCUCAAGAAUCCGAAACUCAAUACAACUAUUUUUGUCUGCGGGAAUCAGCCCUAUACACUGAAGGCAUUCGCAAUUUAAAAGCCAAGCAGUGCAUUGUGCUCGAGCACUUUUUGACAGGUGCUUGGGUGGACAGAGGAGGAGGAGGAGGAAGAAGAGAAAUAACCAUGUCCAACGGGAAAGACGCACCUGGGACUGCAGACUCCACACAGAUAUCCAUGCAGGCAUGUCUUGAAGAGUGUAUGGAGGCCUUGGAUCUGUUUCUCAACAACCGCUUCAGUGAGAGCCUGGACAAGCUGAAGCUAAGGUCUAAACAGAGUAUGUAUCAUGCUCUGAUCUACGCUACAGUGUUAGAGAUGCAGUCCAUGAUGACCUUCCAACACGAGGACCUUGUCAGUGCCGCCAACACAAUGAAGAGCGCUCAGGAGGUGUGCCAGAGGUUUCGUAAGCGGUCGGGUAGUCUGGCAAGCCGAGCAGCAGAAGAUGAACUGUCUGAAGAGGAGCUCCAUGCUGAGGCGUGUUAUGCUGAGUGCUUGCUACAGAGAGCCGCUCUCACAUUUUUACAGGACGAGAACAUGGUGAGCUUCAUCAAAGGGGGAAUCAAAGUGCGCAGUAGCUACCUCAUUUACAAGGAGCUCCACUCCUUUAUCGAGUCUCACAGCUCUUUCAAAGGGCCAAAUCACAAGCACUUGGAGGGAGGGGUGGCAUUUGGAAUUGGUGCUUUCAACUUGACCCUUUCCCUGUUCCCUGCCCGAAUACUUAAGGUAUUGGAAUUUGCUGGCUUUUCUGGGGAUAAGGAAUAUGGGCUUUGUCGGCUGUAUGAAGGCGCCACGUCCCAUAGCCUGCGCUCCAUGCUGUGUGCUCUGCUGCUGCUCUGCUACUACACGUUCCUCUCCUUUAUUUUAGGGACAGGUGAGGGGGAUGUAGCUGAUGCUGAAAAUCUGCUGAACCCAUUUCGCCUACGAUACCCACAUGGGGCCAUUUUCCUCUUCUUUGCAGGCAGAGUGGAGGAGAUCAAAGGCAAUGUGGAUGAGGCGGUGGCGCUGUUUGAGGAUGGUUGCAAGGCACAGCAGGCCUGGAAGCAGUUCCACCACAUGUGCUACUGGGAGCUGAUGUGGUGCUUCACGUACAAGCGCCACUGGAAGAUGGCCUACUUCUAUGCUGACCUGCUGAGCCAGGAGAGUCGCUGGUCCAAGGCUAUGUAUGUAUACAUGAAGGCUGCUUGUCUCAGUAUGCUGCCGGUGGGGGAGGCGCGGCCCUUUGGGGAGAAUGAGGUGGAGCUCUUCAGACAGGUGCCGACCUUAAAACAGAAGAUAGCAGGAAAGUCUCCACCCACAGAGAAGUUUGCCAUCCGGAAAGCUCGGCGCUACAGGGCCAGCAACCCUGUCCGUCUGCCCGUUCCAGUGCUUGAGAUGAUGUACAUGUGGAAUGGCUUCUCCAUGAUAAGCAAGCAGCGGGAACUCACAGAGGGCAUGCUGGACACACUGCUGGAGGCAGAGCGCACCCUGCAGGCAACUCCUGAGAACGAGUAUACGGUAGAUGACCGCUGCCUGCUCCUGUUGCUGAAGGGCCUGUGUCUGAAGAACCAGAACCGCAUACAGGCUGCAGAAGAGUGCUUCCUCCAGGUUUACAGCAGUGAGAAGAAGCUUAAGUUUGAUCACUACCUAAUUCCUAACUCGCUGUUGGAGCUGGGCCUGCUUUAUAUUGACACAGGGAGGAGGGAGCAAGCCAUCAAACUUCUGCAGAAAGCUAAGAAUAACUACAAGGAGUACUCGAUGGAGUCCCGCACUCAAUUCCGGAUCCAUGCAGCACUAUCCAAACUGAAGGCUGACACAAGUGACCAAGACGAGAUAACUGUUCUAUAAAAAAGCUCAGCUGAAGAGCAUUGUUGAAGACUUCUUCAGUGAACUGCAAUACCAAAGAGACACCCUCAUGCCCUCACCUGUUUUCAUCCCUUGGUACUACCCUGAAAGGUUAUUUAUAAAGGGACCUGGCUCAUGUCAGACUGCACUGGGGAGCUACAAAUAUACUGUACCCUUCUUGGUGUAAAAGCAAUAGCUAAAUUAAGUAAUAGACAAUAGUUAGACCUUGAAGAUUUCAGCUUUUAUGAAGAGUAUUAUACUGUAGAAACUGCCUGACACUGCAGUUUGUACUUUUAGGAGGGAAUUCCUUUUUCAGGCUUUUAAAAAUUUACAAGUUUUUGGAUUCUUGAAUUGGAUGCAGUGUCUGAGUGGCUUUAUGUGAGCACAUUCCAGACUGUCCAUUUUCACAAAGGAACUGAAUGCCCUGGAUUUCAUGGCUUUAUUAAUGUUAAAACUUUCCAGAUUUGCCUGUAGAUUUUGUUCCAUCAUGUCAGCUGCAAAAUAACCAAGGGCCACCUUUUUAAAUUUGACAAAAUCAACAAAGGAAACCUUAAUACAAAGUGCAUGUUCACACCUGUUUUAGUGUCUGUUUGUGAAUAAUGGAUCAAAUGUAUUUGAAGAAUUACUAAAGUUGGUCUGACAGCCA